AUGGCCCUCUGUUGUUGCCCACCUUGCUGUCAGCCAUGCUGCUGCAAGACCACCUGUUGCAAGACCACCUGUUGCCAGCCCUGCUGCUGUGAAUCCAGCUGCCCCAAGUCCAUCUGCUGUCAGCCUUGCUGUCCCCCAUGUUGCUGUAGCAUACUCUGCUGCCAGCCCUGCUGCUGCCAGCCCUGCUGCUGCCAGCCCUGCUGCUGCCAGCCCUGCUGCUGUGUGCCCACCUGCUGUGAAAGCACCUGCUGUGAAAACACAUGCUCCAAGACUACCUGUUGCAAGCCAACCUGUGUGAACAUCUGCUGCAGCACACCCUGCUGCCAACCCUGCUGCUGCCAACCCUGCUGCUGCGUGCCCACCUGCUGCCAGCCCUGCUGCUGUGUGCCCACCUGUUGCAAGGCCACCUGUUGCAAGCCAACCUGUGUGAACAUCUGCUGCAGCACACCCUGCUGCCAACCCUGCUGCUGUGUGCCCACCUGUUGCAAGGCCACCUGUUGCAAGCCAACUUGUGUGACCAUCAGCUGCAGCACACCCUGCUGCCAACCCUGCUGCUGCUGA